GCGCUUGGAUGAUUUAGUGACUCCAUUCAAGGCUACUUUAGAAUUCAAGAUGAGAAGUAAUGCUGUCAAACAAGAAGUAGAAAAGAAUCAAGAAUUGAUUCGUGCUGUUUUACGUUGUAUUGUAGCCUUGCAUCCCUUGGCUGAUCCUACGAUAGCACCUCGUUUUGAUCAUCUUGAGUUAGAAGUAUCCACAGGUCCAUUGGCUGAAGAAUUCAAAUUGGCUGUGACUGAAGCAGAAAGUCGAGAGAAUAGAGUGGAUUUAAUGGAUCUUUCCCAUCAUUGAUGCGGUGUUUUAAAAAUAUGUAUACGUUGAUCGCGUUUAAAAAAUAAAACAGGUUGUUCCUUUCUUUUGAGAAAACAUGUCGAAUUCCUAUAGUUUAGCUAAUUGUGCCAAAAGAAGAGUGUCUUAUUUCUAUGAUCACGAUGUGGGCAAUUUCAAUUAUGGGCCUGGUCAUUACAUGAAACCCAAGCGUAUGCAUAUGGUUCAUAAUAUGGUAGUCAACUAUGGUCUUUAUAAGAAAUUAGAUAUUGUGAAACCUACUCGCUGUACAGCUUACCAAAUGACUCGUUUUCAUUCUGACGAAUAUGUCAACUUUCUACAGACAGUAACACCUGAUAAUUUAGAAUCACUCGCUAUGCAACAUGGUGGUCUAGAGCAAGGCAUUGCACGAUUCAAUGUAGGAGAAGAUUGUCCUGUCUUUGAAGGUCUAUUUGAAUUCUGUUCUAUUUCUGCUGGUGGUUCAAUUGGUGCUGCUAACAAGCUAUUGAAUGGUGAAGCAGAUAUUGCCAUUAACUGGUCUGGUGGUCUUCAUCAUGCUAAAAAGACAGAAGCUUCUGGUUUUUGUUAUGUGAAUGAUAUCGUGUUGGGUAUCUUGGAAUUGCUGAGAUAUCAUCAGCGCGUAUUGUAUGUCGAUAUUGAUGUUCAUCAUGGUGAUGGUGUGGAAGAAGCCUUCUAUACAACAGAUCGUGUCAUGACGUGUUCAUUCCAUAAGUUUGGUGAAUUCUUUCCAGGCACAGGCGAUAUUAAGGAUACGGGAUUAGGCAAUGGUAAACGAUAUGCAGUCAAUGUGCCCUUAAGAGAUGGUAUUGAUGAUGAGACAUACAAGAGUGUAUUCAAGCCAAUCAUUCAACACGUCAUGGACUGGUAUCGACCUGGUGCUGUUGUACUCCAAUGUGGUGGUGAUUCACUCUCUGGAGAUAGACUGGGUUGCUUUAAUCUGUCAAUGAGGGGCCAUGCUUCUUGUGUUGAAUUCAUCAAGUCAUUCAAUAUUCCUAUGAUGAUGGUGGGUGGUGGUGGCUAUACGAUUCGUAAUGUGGCUAGAACAUGGACAUUUGAGACUGGAUUGGCUGUAGGUGAAGAUUUGACACAAGAAGAAUUGCCAUACAACAAUUACUUUGAGUAUUAUGGACCUGAAUACAAGUUGGAUGUACUAGCGAAUAACAUGACCAACCAUAACACACGCGAGUAUUUAGAUCAUAUUAUUUCAAAAAUCAUUGAUAACCUAAGAAGUUUGCCAUUUGCUCCCUCUGUACAAUCUCAAGAAGUACCAAGGGAUUUCCAUAUGGAUGACUAUAUGGAUGGAGAAGAUAGUGAAGCUGAAGAAACCGAUGUUCGACGCACACAUCGUCACAAGUUAGAAAAGAUGGGUGUCUUGUAAUAAAGUCUUUAUGUUUUCUUUACUGCUUGAACAGAGAUAUUUUCAGAGGCACCCCACAUAUCCACAUAUUCACUCAUGGACAUGGGCAUGUCUGUUUGGGAUGUUUGUAGUGCAAGGUAAAGACAACCAAGACCAAUGCUUGGAAUAGCAUGUGUCAAUGCAAUCUUGGGAGACAAAAGACUAUCCCAUACAUACAUCCAAGCCAGUCGAGCAAUAGCACUCAUUUCAGGAUCCAUGUCUACCUUGUUAUGAAGAGAUCUAAAUGCAUAUCACUUACC